UUAGUCACUUGGAAGAGAAAAGAAAAGAAGAUUACUUGGCUUCAAUUUAAACCACCAGCUGAUUCUGAACCACAUCUAAUCUAAGGCUCUCUUCAUUUCUAAUUCCCACUCUCUUCUUCCUUCUUUUAUUUUUUCUCUCCUUGUCUCAAUUAGCACUGAUAUAUACGCGACAAACACACACUCCUAUGUGGUUUUAUUGGAUCCACUCAAUCCAACUCUCACACCUGUUGGUUCCCCAUAGAUAAAUAAAACUUUUCUCCAAAUCUUUUUCCUUCUUCCAACUUGUCCUCCACACCCAUCUAACCAUUCUCUCUCUUCUGCUCCCUUCACCGAUUCUUCGUGUUCCUCUGAUGGCAAAUUGACUAAAUUUUUAUCUGGGUAUAUUUUUUUGAGUGAGAGACUGGUGGGUUUUUAUUUUUAUUUUUAUUUUUAUUUUUAUUUUUAUUUUUUUUAUCUAAUCUUUCUGGGUUUGAGGAUGAUGUCAAUGACAUGCCGCAAUCUUGAUUCUGGGACUAGUGUUCUUGAUUCGGUGGGUUGUGGGUGUUCCUACAAUGCUUUAGCUGAUAGGUAUUGUUUGAGAACUUGGGGGAGAGCGGUUUCAAGAGGUGGCAGCAGAAGCUAUGGAGUUAGAAAAUUGGUUUGCUUUCGCCGAGACGUUAGUCGUUGUAGAGUGUUUUCAACGAAGACUCCUGAAACUAUGCUCUCCGGAGUUGGUCAGGGUCCUCCAUCAGUGUUGGAUUUGAAGAAAGAGGCAAGAAGGCCAAUAUCUUUGGCAAAUUUAUUUGAAGUUGUUGCAGAUGACCUCCGGACAUUGAAUCAAAAUCUCCAAUCUAUUGUUGGUGCAGAAAAUCCAGUAUUAAUGUCUGCGGCUGAGCAGAUCUUUGGUGCUGGUGGCAAGCGGAUGAGACCAGCCUUGGUAUUUCUUGUAUCAAGAGCCACAGCUGAACUAGUUGGGUUGAAGGACCUUACAAGGGAGCAUCGUCGUUUGGCUGAGAUCAUUGAGAUGAUCCAUACUGCAAGUUUGAUACAUGAUGAUGUACUGGAUGAAAGUGACAUGAGAAGAGGGAAGGAAACUGUACACCAGAUUUUUGGCACAAGAGUAGCCGUCCUGGCAGGGGAUUUUAUGUUCGCUCAAUCCUCAUGGUACCUUGCAAAUCUUGAGAAUCUUGAAGUCAUUAAACUCAUCAGCCAGGUCAUUAAAGAUUUUGCAAGUGGUGAGAUAAAGCAGGCAUCCAGUUUGUUUGAUUGUGACAUUGAACUUGAGGAAUAUUUACUCAAGAGUUACUAUAAGACAGCUUCUUUAAUCGCUGCUAGCACAAAAGGUGCUGCAGUUUUUAGCAAGGUUGACAAGAAUGUCACAGACCAGAUGUAUGAAUUUGGUAAGAAUCUUGGUCUAUCCUUCCAAGUAGUUGAUGAUAUAUUGGAUUUUACUCAAUCUGCGGAGCAACUAGGGAAGCCUGCUGGCAGUGAUCUAGCAAAAGGGAAUCUCACUGCACCGGUGAUUUUUGCUCUAGAGAAAGAGCCAAAAUUAAGAGAGAUUAUUGAAUCUGAAUUCUGUGAGACGGGUUCCCUCGACGAAGCUAUUGAAUUGAUUAAAAGAUGUGGUGGUAUCGAGCUAGCACAAGAGCUGGCUAAAGGGAAAGCUCUUCUUGCUAUUCAGAAUCUCCAUUGUCUUCCUCGCAGUGCCUACCGGUUGGCUCUGGAGGAAAUGGUUAUGUAUAAUCUUGAAAGGAUUGAUUAGUUUUGAUAUACUUGUUGGAUCUUACCACAAAUAAUUAUUUACAAGGAAGAAGAUGGCUUGAAGCAGAAGCCUUUACCGGUUGCACAGGCAUUUUCUGCAUACCAGUCAGGACCUCAUGACGAUAAGCUUGCUUGUGUCUCCUUGUAUAUUCAUUAAAGAUAUCACUCGGUGAAUUCAGCUCUUAGUGUCAUUUAUCCUACAAGGUUCUCACAUUGAUGUGAAGAAAAAUUACUCACUUAUUUUUA